GUCACUGAGAGAGUGCGGGAUUCCGGGGCCGAGAGCGGGUGGCGGAGCCGGGACCUCGCGUGAUUCUCGGAACCCGAGGAGAAGCGGCCUCUCGGGCUAUGGCUGUGACUCUGGACAAAGACGCUUAUUAUCGGCGUGUGAAGAGACUGUACAGCAAUUGGCGGAAAGGAGAAGAUGAAUAUGCCAAUGUUGAUGCCAUCGUUGUAUCAGUGGGUGUUGAUGAAGAAAUUGUUUAUGCCAAAUCAACUGCCUUACAGACAUGGCUCUUUGGUUAUGAACUUACUGAUACUAUCAUGGUCUUCUGUGAUGACAAAAUCAUCUUUAUGGCUAGCAAGAAAAAAGUGGAGUUCUUGAAACAGAUUGCCAAUACUAAGGGCAAUGAGAAUGCUAAUGGAGCCCCUGCUAUCACACUGCUAAUACGAGAAAAGAAUGAAAGUAAUAAGAGCAGCUUUGACAAAAUGAUUGAAGCCAUUAAAGAAAGCAAGAGUGGCAAGAAGAUUGGAGUGUUCAGCAAAGACAAAUUCCCUGGAGAGUUCAUGAAAAGUUGGAAUGACUGCCUCAACAAAGAGGGCUUUGACAAAAUAGAUAUCAGUGCAGUUGUGGCAUAUACCAUUGCUGUAAAGGAAGAUGGGGAGCUGAACCUAAUGAAGAAAGCAGCCAGCAUCACCUCUGAGGUCUUCAACAAAUUCUUCAAGGAAAGAGUCAUGGAAAUAGUUGAUGCAGAUGAGAAAGUUCGACACAGCAAACUGGCUGAGUCUGUGGAAAAGGCCAUUGAAGAGAGAAAAUACCUAGCUGGGGCAGACCCUUCUACUGUGGAAAUGUGUUAUCCUCCUAUCAUUCAGAGUGGUGGCAACUAUAAUCUCAAGUUCAGUGUUGUGAGAACACUAUUCCCCCUGAUACUUUCAUAUCUUCUUUCUGUCUUGUUAUUAGGUGUGAAAAUAUGUGACGUGUACAACGCUGUUAUGGAUGUGGUUAAAAAGCAGAAACCAGAGCUGUUAAACAAAAUUACCAAAAACCUGGGAUUUGGGAUGGGAAUUGAAUUCCGUGAAGGCUCUCUAGUGAUCAAUAGUAAAAAUCAAUACAAACUGAAGAAAGGGAUGGUUUUUAGCAUCAAUUUGGGGUUCUCAGACCUGAUAAACAAGGAAGGAAAAAAAACAGAAGAGAAAACCUAUGCUUUGUUCAUUGGUGACACAGUGCUUGUGGACGAGGAUGGCCCAGCCACUGUUCUUACUUCUGUGAAGAAAAAAGUGAAGAAUGUGGGGAUUUUUCUAAAGAAUGAAGAUGAUGAAGAAGAGGAGGAGGAAAAAGAUGAAGCAGAGGACCUUUUGGGAAGAGGUUCUCGGGCAGCGUUACUUACAGAAAGAACACGAAACGAGAUGACUGCAGAAGAAAAGCGAAGAGCACAUCAGAAAGAACUAGCUGCUCAACUCAAUGAGGAAGCAAAGAGGCGACUGACAGAACAGAAGGGAGAACAGCAGAUUCAGAAAGCUCGCAAAUCUAAUGUAUCCUAUAAAAACCCAUCUCUGAUGCCUAAGGAACCACAUAUUCGAGAAAUGAAGAUCUAUAUUGAUAAGAAAUAUGAGACAGUAAUAAUGCCUGUGUUUGGCAUUGCAACGCCUUUUCAUAUUGCCACAAUUAAGAAUAUAAGUAUGUCUGUAGAAGGAGAUUAUACUUACUUGCGCAUCAACUUCUAUUGCCCAGGCAGUGCUCUGGGCAGGAAUGAGGGCAACAUCUUUCCUAACCCUGAAGCAACUUUUGUCAAAGAAAUUACAUACCGAGCUUCAAAUAUGAAGGCCCCUGGAGAACAGACAGUACCAGCCUUGAACCUUCAGAAUGCUUUUCGAAUUAUAAAAGAAGUACAAAAACGUUAUAAGACUCGGGAAGCAGAAGAGAAAGAAAAGGAGGGCAUUGUGAAACAGGACUCACUGGUAAUCAAUCUAAACCGGAGCAAUCCCAAACUGAAAGAUCUGUACAUUCGCCCAAACAUUGCCCAAAAGAGGAUGCAGGGCUCACUGGAGGCCCAUGUCAAUGGUUUCCGCUUCACAUCUGUUCGAGGAGACAAAGUGGAUAUUCUGUACAACAACAUUAAGCAUGCUUUGUUCCAGCCCUGUGAUGGAGAAAUGAUUAUUGUCUUGCACUUUCACCUCAAGAAUGCCAUCAUGUUUGGGAAGAAGCGGCACACGGAUGUGCAGUUUUACACAGAAGUAGGAGAGAUAACCACAGAUCUGGGGAAACAUCAGCAUAUGCAUGAUCGAGAUGACCUCUAUGCCGAGCAGAUGGAACGAGAAAUGAGGCACAAACUAAAAACAGCCUUUAAAAAUUUCAUUGAGAAAGUAGAGGCUCUAACCAAGGAAGAACUGGAAUUCGAAGUGCCUUUUAGGGACUUGGGAUUUAAUGGAGCUCCCCACAGGAGUACCUGCCUCCUGCAGCCCACUAGUAGUGCACUUGUCAAUGCUACAGAAUGGCCACCUUUUGUGGUAACAUUGGAUGAAGUAGAACUGAUACACUUUGAACGGGUCCAGUUUCACCUGAAGAACUUUGAUAUGGUAAUUGUCUACAAGGACUACAGCAAGAAAGUUACGAUGAUCAAUGCCAUUCCUGUAGCCUCUCUUGACCCCAUCAAGGAAUGGUUAAAUUCCUGUGACCUGAAGUACACAGAAGGAGUACAGUCCCUCAAUUGGACUAAAAUCAUGAAGACCAUUGUUGAUGACCCUGAAGGCUUCUUUGAACAAGGUGGCUGGUCUUUCCUAGAGCCUGAGGGUGAGGGGAGUGAUGCUGAGGAAGGAGAUUCAGAGUCUGAAAUUGAAGAUGAAACUUUUAACCCUUCAGAAGAUGACUAUGAAGAAGAGGAAGAGGAUAGUGAUGAAGAUUAUUCCUCAGAAGCAGAAGAAUCGGACUAUUCUAAGGAAUCACUGGGCAGUGAAGAAGAGAGUGGAAAGGAUUGGGAUGAACUGGAGGAAGAAGCCCGGAAAGCGGACCGUGAAAGUCGUUAUGAGGAAGAAGAAGAACAGAGUCGAAGUAUGAGCCGGAAGAGGAAGGCAUCUGUGCAUAGUUCGGGCCGUGGCUCUAACCGUGGUUCCAGACACAGCUCUGCACCCCCCAAGAAAAAGAGGAAGUAACUUCUGAACUUUGGCCCUGAGCUCCAUUCUUCCUCCAGCCAACCCCUGAAAAUUUUACAUGACAUAGAAACUGUAUUUUUCCUUUUGUUUUCUUUUGAAGUUUUGCCAUUUGUGUUUAUGGGUUUAGGGGGCCAUUUGUGUGGACCAAUCUACUCCGGGAAUUCCAGGCCCACCAGGACCCAUGCCAAUGGCCCCAUUCAGAUGGCAAGGGAGGUGUUCUUGAAGACGGGCGGAGGCUGCCACUGUUAAUAAAUACCGUUUCAUUCCUCUCUCUUCCUGUCACCUGCCAGGACAUUGAUGGCUUCUGACAUCUUAUUUUUUGGUGUCUCAAAGCCAUAUUUCCAAGACAAUGGUACAAAGUGACCCUUAGCUACCUGUACCAUGGUUCUUGACCAGCAGAUUCAAUCCUCCAUCCUACCCUACUGCCAUGACCUUCCUCACAUCUCUUUAAGUUUUAUCUUGGCAAUACUCAAGAAGAGGUUCUUGGAAUUUGCUAGUGGUUGUGAUAAACCAGACAACUUGAGCUAGUGAGGCAGUUUGGGCUGGUGCCUUCGUCUGAGUUUUCCUGUUUUCUUGACUCACGCAGAUUCUGAGGUAUUUCUGCUGCCUUGGAAGACAUAAGAAGCAGUGACACACCGUGGUUCAGUUAUUUCUCCUUACAAAUUCACACAUGGUACAUGAUAAUAGGCAAAAUUACCAUUGUCUUCUUUUUCUUCUGAUAUAUCUAAGGAAGAAUGGUGUGCCUCAUAAUACUGCUUCUAGUGAAAUCUUGAGAAAGGUUCAAAGGUGUCAACAUUUAAAUCUGGAAGGGGCAAGUCACGCCUUGGGCCUAGAAUACCCUGAUGAGGAAAGAGAAGAGGAAGGGAGGCCAUAUCUACCACACAGCCUCUCAUCACUGCUGCUCCUUAUUUUUACUUGUCUUGCAUUGUCUUGUAUUUAUCACAGUUUCUGUUGAACAGCUUUUAAGUAUUUUGGGGAGUUUAUCUUGCCAUCCUCCCCUUCUGGUUCUCUGCACCCACCUGUCCCACUGCGGUUCUUUUCGUGUUCUGUGACUUUUAAGAGAAGAGGGGGGGAGGGGUCUUGGAUUUAUGUUUGUUUGUUUUUUUCUCUUUAGCAGUAGGACUUGAUAUUUUCAAUUUUGGAAGAACUAAAAGCUAAAUAAACUGUGGGUUUUUUUGUUGUUGUUUUGUUUUUGUAAAUU